AUUAUCGAGACUGGUUUAAUCUAGAUAGAAUCAUCCUAUACUAAAGGCAGGUUCUAUGAAAUACAGUUUGGAAAGCUUUGGAAGUUUGGAAACCUUUAUCUAUUGUAAAACCUAAAACAAAUAAUCUAAGGCUUUUGUGCCUCUUUACCACUUUUUUAUAGCAUUAAGCUUGAAAACCAGGUGGUAAACAAGCCUUUUUCCAGUUCAAUUUAGUUCUUUCUAUGUGUAUUAGAUUUCUAUAUAUCCUGACCAAAUAUAGUACAAUAGCAAUUCAUUAAUAUUAUUGGAAAGUUGAGAGGGAGAAAAGAGUCCAUCCAUCCAUCGUCUUCCACUUAUCCGAAAUUGGGUCGCAGGGGGAACAGGUGCAGGAGGGAAACCCAGACAUCCCUCGGUCAAGUGACCUUCUCCAGCUCAUUCUGGGGGAUCACAAGGCGUUCCCAGGCAAUCCAGGAUACAUAGACUCUCCAGCAAGUCCUCCCAGUGGGAUGUCCCCGAAACCCUAAGGAGGCACGCAGGAGGCAUCCUAAUCAGAUGCCCAAACCACCUUAGCUGAUCCCUUCCAAUGCACAGGAGCAGCGGGUCUACAUUGAGCUCCCCUCGGAUAUCAGAACUCCUCAACCUAUCUCCAGCUGUUCAGCUACCCCUCAUAGGUGAGGGUUGGAACAUAGAGGGAUGGUUGAAUCUAGAGGUUUGCUCUUUGGGUCAGCUCUUUUUUCACCACAACGGACUAGACCAGCACAUGCAUUACUGCAUACAAAGUCCCACUCUGUCUGUCCAUCUUUCGCUCCAUCAUCCCAUCGCUCAUGAACAAGACCCCAAGAUACUUAAACUCCUCUGCUUGAGGCAGAGACUGACCCCCAACCUAGAGGGGGCAGUCCACCUCUUUCAGGUGAAGAGCCAUGGUGUCACAGUUUGAGGAGCUGAUUCAUCCCAGCCGCUACACAAUCAGCAGUGAACCACUGCAGUGUGCACUCCGGUCAUGACUUGAAGGAGCCAACAGGACCACAUCAUCCGCAACAAGCAAAAAUUAGAUCCUGAGGUUCCCAAACCAGACAGCCCUCCUUAUCAUGACUACACCUUGACAUCCUGUCCGUGAACACCACAAACAGGAUCAGCGACAAGGGACAGCCCUGUCAGAGUUCAACGCUCACUGGGAACAGGCCCAACAUUGUGAGAAGGGGAAAAAAUCCCUGCCAGGGCAUGUCUCAGCGGUGACCGCCCCGCCCAUCACUAGUGCUGUGGUUUUACACCUGCCUCACCACCCCUGCCACUUUGAGAUCAGACCUCCAGGGGCUGCUUCACCUGCUCUGAUCUGCAGCCUUCACUUCGCCCUCACUGCUCACUGAACGCUCCUCUGGGGUACCGCUGGCUGGCAUUGCGGACAGGUGUCCAAUAUGAGCGCUGACAGCCACUGACUGCAGCCCACCUUCAUCUGAUCAACUCUCUGCGGCGAGGAAGCGGUGCAACCACAGCAGCAGAGAUUCGGUGUUUGCCCGCACCGCAGGGACGUGCGCUAAGUAACGGAGGACGUAAACAUGCAGUAAGCGGCAUCCAGGUCCGCCUGCUGGCACGCAAGAGCGCUCCCAUCGGACCUGUUGAACUUUACCCACUGACGCGAUGGCAGCCGCUACUCUCGGAGAAGUUGGAGGUGUCCUGCACGGCAUCGACGGUGUCGUUCACGUCGGCUCCCAUUUCUUCCUCACGCCUCCCGGGGACGGUCCGACUCUGCUGGGGGAUCACCUUGCCCCCGGGGACAGGCGGUACCUGCCCACCACGCCGGAUCUGAAACAUUUAAAGGGCAUUCUGAGGAGGAGACAGCUGUACUGCAGGACUGGAUUUCAUCUGGAAAUACUUCCGGAUGGCACGGUGCAAGGGACGAGAAAGGACCACAGUCGUUUUGGUAUUUUGGAAUUCAUCAGCCUUGCUGUUGGACUGAUAAGCAUAAAAGGAGUGGACAGCGGGCUUUACCUUGGGAUGAACGACAAAGGGGAGCUCUAUGGCUCUGAAAAGCUCACAGCUGAAUGUGUCUUCAGGGAGCAGUUUGAGGAAAACUGGUACAACACCUACUCGUCCAACCUCUACAAACACGGAGACAAAGGGACGCGUUACUUUGUGGCAUUAAAUAAAGAUGGAACUCCAAGGGAUGGGACUAAAUCCAGAAGGCACCAGAAAUUCACACACUUCUUGCCCAGGCCUGUGGACCCAGAGCGAGUGCCAGAACUAUAUAAGGAUAUUCUGGGACAUAGUUGAGAAUCGGAGUCCCAGAUCAGGAGUAGCUGCUUUAAAGCCCUUUUAGGCAGGAAGCUGAUCGAGAAAAAGAUGCCAGGUGCAGGCUGGAAGACCUCUACCAGCGGGGAUAAAGGCACUGGGGCCUCAUGUAGGAAUGCACAGUGGCCAUCUCUCAGCAGCCACGAAGACAGGCUAGAAUGCCUCGGCAUGAGGGGCUCGUUUGUUCCAGAGGUUGGACAAUCCCAGAAAAGUACCUGCGCGGAGCAGGUUACGAACAGGGAAACGGAGAUGAGGGGUCACGCAGCAUCUCUGGAGUCUAUGGGAAUCGCAGGAGAUUUUUCUGGGGUGUUGUUUGAGGGGGAACUACUGUUGGUUGAGAAGGACUUUGAAGGAAUUUGGUUUUAUUUCAAACCUGUGUCGAGACAUUUUGAAAAGUGUAAAAGUCUAUUUAUUCAUUUUAGAUACACAUAUUUAUCUUAUAUAUUUAUUUAUUGGAGAAUAUAUUUUUACAGGUAGAAUAAUGUGAUAUAGAAAAACCCACUUGGAACAAUGUCAGCUAUAUAAAGACUGAGACACAAUAUUUUUAUCUUCUUUAUCCUGAAUAAUAACCACUUUAUCCAUUGAUACUCUGUAAUUUGAUCCAACUUCUAAAACUUUUUAAGCGCUGUCCUAAUUUGACAUGUAUUCUAUCCCAAUGUUUUUAUUUUAUAACUUUUUGAACUAGUAAUUAUGGCCAUUACUAUUGCAAUUGUAAGUAUCACAUUGGACCAGAAAAAGAUUGUCACGAUAUGAUAACCUUCAGUAAAUAUCACAAUAUCACUAUAUUAUCUAAAACCUAAAUUAAUUAUUAAGUGCCAAUUUUAGUGCACAUUUUUAAACACAAUUAUUUCCCUACUAAAUAGUUUGACAUAUUAUAUCAGGUUUAGUAAAAAGUAUGAAAGAGACACCUGCUAAAUUUGUUUUUUUAAGUAAAUGUGCUUAUCAUACAAAAUAUUAUAACAUUUUCCUGAAGUUUCAAAACUACAGUAGAGUAAUGGCUGUUGUCAUUUUAGGAUCUAAUGACUGUCUGUGGUUUUCAGCAUCGAAAAUAUUUCCAAACAACCAACUUUGUCAUUUUUGUAAGCUAGGAAAUGCUGUAGUAGCCUUGUUUUCUGCCAGCUGACCACAAGUGCACAGCAACAGUUGUGGGAGGCAAAGUGCUGCAUUACUACAAUCCCUGCAGCUCUUUUAUUAAAAAGACUUUAAAACUUUUCAA